AUGAAAGCUGGAGCCCACGUUCAGCUCAGCGGUCAGAAAACUACAUUCCCAACAUUCCAACCUGAGCUGCUGAAAGACCCAGAGCUGGAAUCACUGCCCACGAGAAACAUUAUCAUCAACAAGCUGAGCGUGAGCGAGAGCGUGAGCGAGAGCGUGAGCGAGAGCGUGAGCGUGAGCGUGAGCGUGUUAUCACCCAUGGAGCAGAGCAUCCCGUUGCCGCCCUCCCCAGACUACAGGACAAAGGGCCAGAGCGACGAGAAGGAGCAUUUCCACAUCCUUCCUCAGCUCCAGGCCAAGAGGGCGGACUUCCUCAUGGUAGUGCUCACUGGUACUUUGCCUCAGCGCAGGAGCUUUGUUACACCAGAUGAAGAAGAAGUCCCAGAACCUCCAGGGCCAAAGGAUGACGAUGUCACAAAGAGUGAGUCCAACAGCGAGGCCAGUCAGAAAAGCACUGAACGCAGCCAGGAAGCUGCGCCCUCCACACUCAUGGCCGAGGACCAGAGGGCCCAACGAGAGCAUGCCUCAGCUGCUGAUGCAGACCCGGACUUGGAGGACGCGUCCAAAACUCUUGUCCUCUUCUCUCCUGGAGACACUCGCAAGUCUCCUUCUGGUGGUGAUCAUUUGCUAGAAGGCGAGUUGGCCACACCAUGUACCCUCAAUUCCCGUAAUGACCGCCUCCUGGUUGGGGAGGCAAUUCAGCCUGAACCUUCGGAAACUGGACGUUUGUCCCCAGCUCUCAGGUCAGACUUGAGGCCUUCCACUCCCAUCGCUCCUGCAUCACCGCCCUUCACCAAAGUAGAGCGAACUUUUAUCCAUAUUGCAGAGACGUCCCACCUCAACGUCAUGUCUUCCAACGGUCACUCAGCCAAGGAGAGUGACCGGGAAGUCUUAGCCAUCAUGAAGGACUCCACUGUAGAGGAUUACUCUCGUGAGCAGGGAGGACCAUCAGUGAUAGAAGAUUCUCCAGAGGUGCCAGACCAAACUCCACCAGUUGACAAACACUCCAAAACUGAGAGUGGUAUGUCACCUGUCCUGGCCCAGUCUUUGGAACCUGUCCCAGAAGCAAUGUCACCAGCUCAUGAAUAUAAAGAUCUGUCACAGGAACCUAAGAAACAGCAAGCACCCAGUGAAGAAGCUGCCAAGCUUCAGACAACAGUAUCAGAACUAACGGCUGCCAUUAAGCCCAGAAUCCGCAGCCUAAUCCCAGUACUGAUUACUGAAGAGGACUCCGGCUCAGAGAAGUCCUCCUCCCUCUCGGCUCGGGCUCGGCUUAAGCAGCGGGCCAGGCAGCUAGACUUAGCCCGUCUGCUGGUCCAGAAACAACAGGGUCGCUGGAUAAGGGGGAGGAUGCUGUCUGGGACAUCAUCAUCGCUGUCCUCUGGGGACGAUGAGCGUCGGAGGGCCUCUGAAACUCUGUCCACCACAGGCUCAGAAGAGGACACGCAUACCUCGGACGAAUCCAGGAGGAGCUUGCGCCUCAAACCGACUGACGAGAAAGGUUCCAAGGAGACUCCGAGCAGGAUCCCCAGGCCCGUCACACCCAUAAAGAGGCCUCCGGGGGGGCUUGCUGCUACUUCUCCUUCCCCUCUUUCCUUGCCAGACUCCAGCACUAAAGGAGCUCCAUCCUUGGCUAAUGGGAAUCGGAAAAUUGGGCUUAGCACCCUUAGCACCCAACGGAAAUCCAAACCUGUCGCACCCAGGUCCUCCUCCUCAUGUCCCCGCUCCUCUGCUGCCCCUGCCCUGUCUGGCAGCCCUCGAAUGCCCCUGCGAGUCCUGUUUGGAACCAGACGCAGCCUUAGCUCUACUCACAGCAGGACUGACAGCCCCUCUCCUCAGAGAGUAUGUCCGUCCAGGCAGCCACUCUCAGUUCGAGCCCCAACUGUCCCCAUGCUACCACCCAGGACUACAACAACCAUGCGGCGCAGCGCCUCACAGGAAGCCACUGUCCAGUCCUCCUCUGGCAUCAUGUCCACCAGGACCAGGCCAAAACCAGCUGGUACGACGGCUGGAAAGGGGAAACCGGUUGCCAGGGAGAAGGUGGUGCCCGCUAGAUAAUACAAAGAGACUCAUCACUGAGACACAUUUAUGUUUAAUCAGUCUUCGGACAAGCAACGCCUCAAAGGUUCUCACUUGAUUCCAUAUUAGACUGUGCUGUUACAAUGACCUCCUUCAACUCAUUUAAUAUGUAUGGACCUCUUAUUUUUUCCACGGACAGCUUACCGAACUAUCUUCAUGGGCUUCCAGUAAUUUUCACUGACUGUCAUACAGGAGCAUUGCUGCCAUGGUGCUAUGGAUAUGUCCCUGGCCAAUCCCUGAUCUAACUGGUUCCAGGAGGUGAGAAUCAUGGCCUCCAACAAGUCCAGUUUCAGAGACUCUCAUCUUACACUGUACUCCCAGCUUGUCCACAGCUAUACUACUCUUCUACUGACAAUACCCUGCUUGGUUCACAUUGCAUGGUGAAGUAUAUCACACAUACAUUGACUCUAUAGAAGGAAAACGAAAAUCUGUACCUUUAAAUUAUUUGAUAAAGUUCUCCCCUUCCUAUUGGCCAAAAAGAUCAAAUUAGAUUGAAUGAAUGCCCAAACUAUGAUAAUAUCGUAAGCGAUUUCUAAAUAUAUCCUGUGUCCAUUAUAGUCUUGGAUAAAGAGAAGAGUUGGAUGUGAACACAAAAUAAUUUGCUCGGCUGCUAGCCUCCUCCUCAUGGUGUGACAAUGGGCAUGCUUUAAUCGAUCUAUUUUCUGGGUGUUUUUAUUUUGUUUAUGCUUUGAAUUGUACAGUAUAUAUUAGAAUCAUUUCCCAUAAAGACAUCUUUAUUUUUUAUCUUGCCAAGCAAAGUGUAAAUUUGGACCUUCUGUACCAAUGUGUUGGCACUAUGCCUGUUGUUUAUCGCAUGACAAAAACAGGGUUAACCAUGAGAGGACGAUGUUAUACCUGCUUGGAUUCUGCAGUGCAAAGGUCGGCUGAUUGUUGGAGCCCAUGUUGUGUUUGUAAAGGGGUCGAUGGGCACUGAACUAUGAAGUAAA